UCAAGAUAGUAUGGCCUUCGCACUAGUCACCAGGUCUCAACCCAAAUGAACACACACACACACACACUCUAUGGGAUUUUUUGUACAGAUGUGUUACACAGCGCUCUUCACCAUCGUCAUUAAACUUGAGAGAAUACGAGAUGUGCUCUUCAGCGCAGCACAAUCAGUGUUAAAAGCGCAUGGAAACAGUUCUGGUGGCUCUUUUGUCGUCAAAAGUCUCACUAACAUCCCUUUUCAGGCCCCUUUGUCAGCCUUUUGUACAUUGCCCAUAUUAAUAUGCCGAACUUCACUCACACAAAACCGAAUAUCGAACCUGGAGGGGGGGAAGGCACACACACACACACACACAUAUAUAGAGAGAGAGAGAGAGGUGAAAUUGAUACACAAACCCAGCGUUGAUUUAUUAACCCAGGGAUCUGGAUAAGUGUGGAUUAUUUAAUACAAAAAGCUUUAACUGAGCAGCGCCUGUACGCGGAUCUUUACCGUAAUGCUUGUACACUGAUUAAAAUAAAAUGGCAAUCAGUGAACGAUUUCCAAAGCUCGAUAUCGCUUAGGCUCACAUUUCCAGCUCUCACUCAAAUUUACACUCCCAUUUCGUCCUGUAACGCGUGAGGGAGCCGCCCAGCUCGGGAGCAUUUUGCUAGGAAAGUUAGCAUUUCCAGCAGAAACGCGCCCACAGUACUUUGGUUUUUGAUGAAUGUCACAGAGCAGUUCAGAUAGCCAGCAAGCUAACAGCUACUAGCUAGCAAACCAGCUGCGGACAGGGAUUUUCCCACCACGCGUACAGUUACAGCCAUGUCCUCAUUAAGCUCCAAGUCCUCUGAUGAGCUCUGCAAACUGUUGGAUGAAUAUGGGAUUAACCAUGGUCCCAUUGUGGACUCUACCAGGAAGCUUUAUGAGAAGAAGCUGGCAGAGGCCAUGGCCAAAAACCCAAAGCCGUCUUCUGACAAGACAUUCUACAGAGAAGAACAGGAAGAAAUCACGUAUGUUACAUAUCAUCCACCAUUGCAGGUGCAACAUGAAAACUUUGGAGAUGUAACAAGAAGAAUGAGGACCACAGAGAACGCUGAUGACAUGGAUCUUGCAAAUGAAAAUGUCACUCUUCAAGGAAAAAACCACACCUGCAAUAAGCGUACAAUCAGCUACACUGACACAGCCUACCAGAGUACACCCAGAGCUAGAUCAACAGCCUACAUGAGCAAGUCAAGCCUGCAGGAUGCUAGUCCAGGAACAGUCAAAUCUGAGGGGAGCAAAUCCGGUGGUGUGCCAGGGUGGCUUCGUGUGUUGGUUUUCAUCAUCAUUGCAGUGUUUCUUUACUAUGUGUACUCAAACAUGGAAUCUGCAGAUGAAAACCCUUUUAAAAAGAUUGAUGUAUAACUAGUUAAUCAUUUGUUCCAUACAUAUGAAGAUAUGCCAAAAAUUCUGUUUUUUCCCCUUGAGGUGAUCUAUUCCAGUGUUCAUUACAUUAUAAGCACAAAUAAUUUUUUCUAUUAUGAAUUUUAUAUAUUUGCAGAUUUUAUAUUAGGUGUACUAGGCUCAUGAACAUACAGUGUCCUCCACUAAUAUUGGUAAAUAUGAGCAAAGAAGGCUGUGAAAAUUUGUCUUUAUUGUUUAACCUUUUGAUCUUUUGUAAAAAAAAAAAAAAAAAAUCACAGAAGUACUCGCUCUCAUGGAUAUCAAACAAUUGCAACCCUAGUUUCCAUGCUGGUGAACUCUCCUCUUCAGUUCAAUUCAUUUACAUUUAUUCACUUAGCAGACGCUUUUAUCCAAAGCGACUUACAAAUGAGAAAGAUACAAGCAAAGCGAUAUAUCAAGCAGAGAACAAUACAAGAAGUGCUACCAUACAAGAUCUAUUAAUUGAAUUCCAGAAGAAGCAAAGUGCAGAGUAGAGGUGUAAGUGCUUUUUUAAAAUUUUUUAUUAUGAGUUGGUUAGGUGUUCAUGGAAGAGGUGGGUCUUUAGCUGUUUUUUGAAAAUGGUGAGAGAUUCUGUGGUCCGGAUUGAGAUUGGAAGUGCAUUCCACCACUGAGGAACAGUUAGUGUGAAGGUUCUGGAAAGGGACCUUGCGCCACGCUGAGUUGGAACUGCUAAACGUCGGUCGCUAAUCGAUCGCAGAUUGCGAGAGGGAACGUAGGCCUUCAGGAGAGACUUGAGGUAGGAGGGUGCUGUUCCUGACAAGGUCUUGUAGGUGAGCAUCAAGGCCUUGAACUUGAUGCGGGCAGCUACAGGAAGCCAGUGGAGGGAGAUGAAGAGGGGUGUGACAUGGGUUCUCUUGGAUUCUCUUGAAUUCUCUUUUGAUUCUCUUGAAUUCACAGGUUUUCUAUGGGUUUCAGGUCAGGGGACUGGGAUGGCCAUGGCAGGACCUUGAUUUUGUGGUCAGUAAACCAUUUCUGUGUUGAUUUUGAUGUAUGUUUUGGAUCAUUGUUCUUAUGGAAGAUCCAACCAUUGCCCAUUUUAAGCUUUCUGGCAGAGGCAGUCAGGUUUUCAUUUAAUGUCUGUGGAUAUUUGAUAGAGUCCAUGAUGCCAUGUAUCCUAACAAAAUGUACAGGUCCUCUGGCAGAAAAACAGGCAAAAAACAUUAAAGAGCUAUCACCAUUUUUAAUCGUGGACAUGAAGUACGUAUCCAUAUGGCUACCGCUCUGUGGGUACCAAAACCACCUCUGGUGUUUACUGCCAAAAAGCUUUAUUUUGGUUUCAUCUGACCAUCAAAAAAGAUCCCAUUUGAAGUUCCAGUAGUGUCUGCAAACUGAAGACUCUUGAGAUUGUUUUUGGAUGAGAGUAGAGGCUUUUUCUUGAAACCCUUCCAAACAAUUUGUGGUGAUGUAGGUGACUUUGGAUUGUAGUUUUGGAGACUUUCUGACCCCAAGACGCAACUAGCUGUGAUCCUUGGAGAUUUCUUGGCCACUCGAACAAUUCUCUUCACUGUCUUGAGACAAUAUAGACACAUGUCCUCUUCCAGGUUGAUUUAUGACAUUUCCAGUUCACUGGAAAUGCUUAAUUAUUGCCCUGAUGAAGGAAAUAGGCGUUUUCAAUGCUUUUGCUAUUUUCUAAUAACCACUUCACAUUUUGUGACUUUCAACAACCUUUUGCCACACAUCACAGCUGUAUUCCUUGGUCUUACCCAUUGUUAUGAAUGUCUAAGGGAAUUUGGCCUAUGUUUUACCUCAUAUUUAUACCCCUGUGAAACAAGAAGUCAUGGUUGAACAAUUUCUUGUUCCUAAUCACCCAGGUGGACUAAAAAACAUACUUCAAAUAUGUUUUUCUCAUAUGAAUUCAUAGGGGUGCCAAUAAUUGUUGCACACCUAUAUUUAACAAAGAUAUUUUAGGAUAAACCUGUUUUGCAUUUGCAAAUGUUUGAUAUCCAUGAGAGCACAGUAUUUUUGUGAAUGUUUUUUUAUCAAAAGAUUAAACAAUAGACAAAUUUUCACACCCUUCUUUGCUCAUAUUUACCAAGGGUGCCAAUAUUAGUGGAGGGCAGUGUAGUUUUACAUUAACAUGGCUGAUGCGUGUUGUGCAUUUGUUUUGUUUUUUUGCUUUUUAAUUAGUAUGUAUCCAAAUUAUAUGGUUGUUGUUCACCAGCCUAUUAAUAGCCAAAAUUUUAUAUAAAAAGAGCAUUGUUGAAUUUAAGAAAAUAAGUAACAGGUUAUUAUAAAAUAAAGUUGUGUCCAAAAUAUG